AUGGUCUGCGCAAAGUGUCAGAAAAAGCUCAAAGCCACCGAGCUCGCCACGCCGGGCGUCAAGCGCAAGAAUGACAUGUACUACGGCUCGCCGGCGACCACGUUAGGCGGAUCCUCGACGGAUAAAGGGAAGAGUAAGCCAACGCUAGGCGCGACGGGGGUGGGAAAGAGUAAACUUCUCAGUGCAAAGGCUAAGAAUCCGUAUGCGGCUUAUGCCUCGUCUUGUGAGCAGUGCAAGACCAAGACUGAGCAGGGGAAGAAGUAUUGUCAGCGCUGUGCUUAUCAGAAGAAUGCUUGUCCAAUGUGUGGGAAGAACUUGGCCGGCAAGUCAGCUAAAGACCAGCCCAUCGUGCAAGGACAAAAGUUCAACUUGAAGUGA